GUCACUUCAAAUGUUUUGUUUAUGGUCGAAUUUGUUUUGCAUUGAGACGAUUGCAAAUGCAGUUGAAUUUGUGAAUGAAUUUUUAUCAUUCAACCCAAAACCGAUUAGCAACUAAAAGCAAGAAUGGACGUUUCAGUAGCAGUGCUAAAGAAAACAAAAAGACACACUCGAAGUGAGUUGGAAAAUUUCCCUAAAGAGCAACUGGUUGAUAGAAUAAUUCAGCUAGAAUCCCAAAAUUUUCAGUUAAAGAACAUUAUCCAAAAGGUGACUGGCACUAAAACCGAAAAGUCAAACGAGAAUAAUAAAAAACAACGUAAAUUCGACUUCUCAAAUUGUCACAAGCGACAUAUUUUACUGCGAUUUUAUUAUCUUGGAUGGAACUAUCAGGGAUAUGCUUCACAAGAAGAUUCGGCGAAUACAAUCGAACACCACCUAUUCAAUGCGCUAACCCGGGUUUGUCUUAUCGAGAAUCGCGAGUCCUCCAAUUACCAUCGCUGCGGACGCACCGAUAAGGGUGUCAGCGCGUUCCAUCAGGUCGUGAGUUUGGAUAUUCGGUCGAAGUUUCCACCCGAAAGUCAACUAGCGCCGGAAUCGAUAGCGACCGAAAUCAACUACUGUCAAUUGUUAAAUAGGGUUCUACCGGAGGAUAUUCGCUGUGUUGCCUGGAUGCCGAUGGUGAAUCCAAAUUACAGCGCUCGGUUCGAUUGCCGUUCGAGGACGUAUCGUUACUUUUUCCCGCGGGGUAGCUUGGAUGUGGAAGCAAUGCAGGAAGGCUGUAAGCAUCUGGUUGGUUCGCACGAUUUCCGAAAUUUGUGCAAAAUGGACGUUGGAAACGGAGUGGUGACCUUCAUGAGAAACGUGCAUUAUGCGUUCAUCAAAGAAUCACAGAAGGAUGAUGAUGAGUCGCCUUAUGAUAUGUUAUAUUUCGAACUGCGAGGAAAAGCUUUUUUGUGGCAUCAAGUGCGAUGCAUCAUGGCGAUACUGAUACUCAUAGGCGAGGGUAGGGAAGAAUCAACGGUGAUCAGGGAACUUCUGGACGUCGAAAAGAAUCCCCGAAAGCCUCAGUAUAGCCUAGCAAAUGAUAUGCCACUUAAUUUGUACGAAUGCAAAUUCAAAAGCAAAGGAACAUUCGACCCAGCGCUUUUUGACCGAAACGGUCCAAUUCUCGACGAUGAUGAGGAAGUUGAGGAAGUUUCGGAUCUACAAGAAUGGGUUUAUGAGGAAGAAAGUAUAUCGCGCACGAUUUCUGAACUUCAAGGGCUGUGGACCACGAAUAGCAUCAAAUCAACAAUGUGCAGAGAGAUGUUGAAAUCGCUGGCUGAAAUAUACAGUCGAGUUUUCCCAAACAAACCAAAACCCAUCAACCAAACGUGUGUUCUGCUACAAGGUGUUCAAUCGAAAGAGUAUCGAUCGCUUAUGAGCCGGGAUAAAUGUGAAAGUCUGGAGAAUCGGAUUGAGCAUUAUGCUAAAAAACGACGAAUUCAGAUCAGUGUGAAACAAGCCGAUGAUGUGUCGACGAAUGAGGAGAAAUGAUCUAUUUUAUUUCGGCUUCGAUUUGGUGGAGUGACUGAACCGAAUGCGCGAUUAGCCUCUGUAGAUGAUUAAUAUUCCGUAAGCAUUUGGUGCUACGCAAAUAGCGGAGGUGGUUUAAGUCGAAUGUAAAUCAAUGCAGUCGAACAGAAUGAAUGAAAUCUUUUUUAUUAACAUAUUAAAUUAUUCAAAUACA